AUGGCUGAAUAUAACAGCAGUACAUCAAAGGGAUUUAUUGAGUAUACGAAGAAAGAGGCACUUAAUAGGUACUACAGUAUAUGGAAUCAGUUAUACAACACAUUAAGCACUGAGGAGUCGAUUACUCUUAUUAAGAACAAAUUAAGUUCAAAAAAAGGGGGAGAAAUUGUGUUAGACACUUGCUCUGAGGUAAUUGAGGAUGUCGACAAAGGGAAUGAUUCAUUUAUUGGGUUAUGCGAUUUAAACAUGGACAGUUUAUUAACGAUUCCUUCUUCAGAUGUGGAAAUCAAGGGCCCAGUGGAAAUAACUGAGAAUACUUCAAGGGGACGUGUAAAAAUAACAGAAAAUAAAAACCCGUCAGAAAAUAAAAAUCGUAAAAGGCGGAUUAGUAAAUUAGUGGUGGAUGAGAGUGAUUUAGAGGAAGUAUCUAGUGAUUCUGAUGGUUCUGAUGAUGGGAGUGAGUAUGCCGUAUCUGGUGAUGAGCUGAGUGAUGAUUUCAGUGAAAUAUCGAGUAAGUACAAGGAGAGUGAAGAUAUUUUGUAUAAAUUAGAAGACUCUGUUAGUAAAGAAGAAGAGCCUGAGGGCGUCCUUGGGGUUGAUUUUAACCCUAAUGGAAUAAAGAGGGUUAAGUUGCAUAAGAAAUUUAAUCAAUAAAUCC